AUGGCCCCAAUGCAGCCCGCACCAAACGGGCCGUUGGUGGCGGCCAGGGAGCUGCUCCGCAACCCGUCAGAUCCGGUGGCCUCGCUCGACGUGCUGAGGCAAUGGCAUGACAACGUCAACUGCCUCCUCAACUUGGCACAGGUCACCCCAGGCUCCGCGGGGGGAUUUGCGUCCAGGGAGCGUCACCGUCAGGGCAGUGCAUCCGGCUUUGUGCUCUCUCCAACAGACUUCCAGACCUGGUCAGAGCACGACGAAUCCCUGACCGAUGGUGAAGACCUCCACCUCCUCCUCGGCGAAGAGCUAGAGGAAGAUGAUGAGGACGAUGCAUCCUGGGAAGAAAACUUCUCCUCCUCGGAGAAAGAAGUCGAUUCCUCAUCAAUAGAGGAGGACUCGGUGGUAGGAGGCUACCUCCUUGGCAGAUUGUCGGAGGAUGACAAUGACGACGACGACGAUGAAGAAGCCGAAAAUAGUAGCGGCUUCAGCAGCGACAGCGGCGGAGACGAUGGCGGUGAUGAUGAUGGCAGCGACGACGACAGCGAUGUCAGCACAGCUCCACCGAUCAAGCGCUGUAGAGUCUCCGGCACCUACUAG